AGGACGCCUAUGAUUGCCUUACUUUUCCUAUUACUGUUUGACAUCGUGUGUGCGCUUGGACAAAACCACAGUAAACGCAUGAGGAUCUCACAAAAGCUCACAGAAGUUAAUUGACCGCAAUAUAUGGCUGUGUAAACUGACAAAAUCGUCUUUUACACUUAUUGAGUCGGGUUCUUUUUCUCUCCAGUCGACGCCAGUCACCUAACCAAAGAGACACCUGCCGCUGACGACGCAGGCUACUCUCUUUUUUGUAAUCUCUACCGUCCAUCGACAGUUUAUCUUACCAUUUUUUUUCUUUUGCGGAGGGUUUUGUCUCAGAAAGGAAUUAUUCAGUAACUUGUUUCAGCAAAUUCCAACAGACCUGCUCAGGAUGCUUUGGAUGAGCGUCUGUCUGCCAUGGAGUUGCAUUCGGGAAAGCGCGAAGCUCUGUGACUGAACAAACUAGUCGUACUGCGGCACGGCUUCGCGAAAUAAACGCUUUGCGACUUCCUGUCCACUUGCGGAGUCGCAGAAAUGUUGUAAAAACCGCUAGUUUCGCGUGGGACUGGGGGACUGAGAGUCGAAGAAGGCGAAGAGACCACAGCAGGUGCACGUGAACGCAGGAAUAUUAUAAUGGCUCUCGCGGCGGUUUCCCUCUACCUCCUCGCGCUCGCCUGGAUGAACUUGCGCCCUGUCCACGGGAACAACCGUCACGCCGUGUACUGGAACAGCUCAAACAUCCACUUGCGGAGAGAGGGCUACACCGUACAGGUCAGUGUUAACGACUACCUGGACAUCUACUGUCCACACUACAACCAGAGCCAGCGGGGGGCGCUAGAGCGCGGUGUGGCCGAGCAGUACAUUCUCUACAUGGUCAGUUACCGAGGCUACCGCACCUGCGACCCACAGAUGGGCUUCAAACGCUGGGAGUGCAACCGGCCGCACGCCCCCCACGCGCCAAUUAAGUUCUCCGAGAAAUUCCAGCGUUACAGCGCCUUCUCGCUAGGCUAUGAAUUCAACGUGGGUCAUGAGUACUACUAUAUAUCUACACCAAUCCAUCACCAUGGACACAGCUGUUUAAGACUGCGGGUGUUUGUCUGCUGUUCUACAGCCUCUAAUGCAGAUGACGACUCAAACCAGAGUCCACCUGACUACACUGUCAGACCCAAACUGCAUGACAUUGAUGAGUUUAACCCUGAGAUCCCUAAACUGGAGAAGAGUGUCAGCGGCAGCAGUCCGUCUGGAGACCGGCUGUUAAUCACUGUGGCGACGCUUCUCCUCGCUGCUCUCCUCGUGUCCUAGCAACCGUCUCUCCCUCUCUCUCUGACAUUUCUGAGCCAGCAGUCCCGAGCUCUCUGAAAAAGAUCGCCUUUCGUUCAACCUGUGCGGGAGAUUAUCCAGUCAGAACAGAUUAACCACUAGUCGAGCCCUAAACGUGGGAGCUAAUUGUAGAUCUACCGCACCCAAAUAGUGGCCUUUGUCUCCACAAUUUUGGACCUUACGAUUAAGGAUGACAUGCAUCGAUUUCAGGAUUUGCCUUUGUGACAGAACGUCCACUCUUCUCAAACAUACUCGCGGAGAGAAAAAAACGAAUCCGGUUAGACAGUGAGGUCUCUGCCUCUAGCUACGUCUGUUCUCAUCUUCAAUGAACCCAUCCAGACUGGGGCAGCUCUUGAGGUGGACAUUCUGAGAUUGACAUGAGCUCAAAUGGAUAUGACAAGCGUCAUAGUGCUCAGUGCUUUGACCGCUGGAUCUCAACUGAGGGACUCGAGGAGUAUUGGAGACCUUUGAUCCUGUCUUAACAUUCUGUCACAACCCAUACCUAUAUGACUGCAAUAUGUGUCAGUCAUUGAUAGUGUUGCAGCAGAGAUCAAUAAAACUCAUUUGCCAGUCACUAAGUUCAGAUGUUAGGCUUAUGAAUCGUUCACAGAAAGGCACGGCUGCUGUUUCUGCUAGUUGCCGGGCUGGAGUCUCGUUUGUGAGCUGUAAUGGGAACGCUUUCCAUCUAGUUCCCUAGUUCCAUUGCUGAACUUGGAAACUAGAGACAGAUUAUCGGUCAGAGACCAUCACUUUUGUACAUUGUGUGACCGAAAGAGUUUGGUCAUCAUAGCAGCGCACAUAACAAAAGAGAAUCGAGACGGACCGAAUGAAGGGUAGAUAAUAGAUAUACUUUAUUUGCUAUAGUAUGUACGUGUCAUCAUGGGAAGGUACUGGAUUGGCCAGUGCCACUGAUUAGCAUAAUGGCCAUUUUUGUAAGAGCGGUCGAGUCAUAAACUGCAAUUCGCUGUUUUAUAUCGAAAGAAUUGCAGAGCAGAAUUAGUUUUUACUGUAUGAUACAUAUUUAACUGCUCUUUGAGUAUGUUACUUUAUAUGCUUAAUUUAUUGAGUUAUUUAUUGAUCAUUUGAUCCUUUUUUGAAACUUUGUGAGUUUUGUCUGCUUUUUUGAGGGAUCUUUCC